AUGCCAGGGAGAGGGAGAGGCUGAGAUAAACGUAAGCCAACAGUGACUUUCAUCCGGUCAGCCGAUCCAGUCAGUCUGCCUCGUGGUACUCGUGUCAUUCUGUCAGUUUCCCCCUGACUUCUUCUGACUUCUCCUGACUCCUCCUGACUCCUCCGCUGACUGACGACUGACGCCUGACGCCUGACGCCUGACUUGGCGCCGCCUUUCUUUUUACCUUUGUACACCUUUGUCUCCCCGCAUUGGACACGACCUGUCGCAUCCCGAAUACCAAAAGAAUUCCUAGAAUUCCUGACAAUGUACGGAUCGCAUUCUGGUCAACAAGGAUCGGCUCCUCCGCAGCCCGAGUGGCGUCUGCAGUCAACGACGCAGCGACCACCACCACAACCUUCGCAACCUUCGCAACCGUCAUGGCGAGCUUCGUCACCGCCUCCUCCGCCUCGCCCUCCUCGUCCGACAUCGUCGCCAUACGACCCCAAUGCCUAUGGCCAGAUUUCCAGUCCUUCUCCGGCUGUGGAUGUGGGUACAAGUGUAUCCCCAGUUCCUGGCAUUGCGGAUGCCGAUACCACGCCCUGGGGAGUCAAGUAUAACAGGCACCAACUUUAUGCGCAGUCCCCCCCACCACUACCUCCUCGGCCCUCAAGUACGGCACAAUCACCCCAGCCGCAGUCUCCAAUCGUAAGUCCGUUGGAUUCCACCCAGCCUUUACCAGCUGGUCCGGGUUUGGCAACCCAGCCUGCGAUAGACCCCUAUCAGCAGUGGUCGACAACUCCAUUUGCAUCCCAACAGCCUGCCAAUAAUCUGCCAUCGCAACCUCCGCCACCUCAUCCUAUUCCCACGGGCUAUCAGAGCUCGAAUUCGCAGCAGAGCAACCCAUGGCAGCAGCAGCAACAGCCGCCGCCACAGGGGCAACUACCACCUCCCCCCUAUUCUGGCGUUUCUCUUGGACAGUAUCACAGUUCCUCGGUUCAGCAGUUAGCAACUUUGCCAGUCAACCCACAACUUGCAGGGCACAAUGCACCCGGCUCCGGCAUUUCGCAGACCCCAAGUCCCCAGCAGACCACUUUUUCGCCGUAUCAGGAGCAGUUCCCUGUGGCUGCGACCGUGAGUACGGAGUAUGGUGUACAGCCGACCGCUGCUCCGCCAGUGCCUCCCAAGACCAGCCCCAUCACUGCCCCGACUAGUGCUUCCAUUCUGGGCUCUGGCGGUCCUUCCGAUUGGGAGCACUUGUCACCUAUUCCAGGGAGCAUUGAUGAUUCGGGAGCUUUCGGUCCCAGACGCCAAGCGUCACCCUCUUUGAACUCGGCACUCGGGGUUUGUUCGAGCCAGCCAACAACUCUGGCUGGGCCAAUUAGACAUGAUACGUCCAUUAGCCCUACCACGCCUACAGGACAUCUAUCCCAUGUGGACGAGCGGGGUCAGCGUGAAGGCUCUCUGGGCAGUCCAAGCAAGGUGCAAGAUUAUCAAAAUCCACCCCGUCCAACUAGGAUGGAAAGUGCUGGGUCCGUUCCUGGUCAUGUUUCCAUGUCUGAGCCUUCUGAAAGCAUUGAUGGCAUCAUUGAAGCUUGGACUAAGCCUAUAUCCUCGCCACCUUCAUUUGAGCAACAUCCUCAAAGCUUAGAGUCCAGGGCUGGUACAUCGGAAAGGCCUAGCCCGGUUGAAACUCACAAGCCAAAGCAGGAUUUCGCGCUCCCUCGGAAGCAAGUUCGGUCUGCGUCAGCCUCGGCAGAGUCAGAUGCUGCCACCAACGAGGUCAACACGGAGAAACGGACAAUUCUUCCUACGUUUGUAUCACUCGACCCGUACGAUGAUCUUGAUCCCUGGUCCAAAUCCUCGCUAGAACGUUACGUUGCAAUGUUGCGAAAAGAGGCGGUGGCCGACUCCGACGCAGAGCGUUUCAGUUUGUUCAUGGCUUUUAUAGCUAAAGAAACAAAAUUACGAGAGAUUCUAUUUAAUGUUGAGGCUAUCUCGACGCCUGUGGACGAUGAUGCCGGAGGGGGUUCGCGACAACCGACGCCCUCUCUGCAGGAGUCAACCGAUAAGGGUGAUGACGACAUUCCUCCUGUGGAAUCCGGUCUGAUACCAGUUGAAACCGAUGAUGAUUAUUUCAUCUCCGCCAAUAACCAUGAUGACUCAGAAGAUGGAAGCUACAGCCCCGGAGGGCGCCCGAUUCUUCCCAUAGCACAGACGCCUAGUGCAACAAGUCUGAAGAGAUCGGCUUCACGGUCCACAUCGGAGCCACCCUCCAUGCUGAAUGACUCGGGACGUGAACACACUCUGCCCCCUCUAACCACUAACCCCCCACAGCCUAUCUAUACACCGUUCCGCUAUACCGAAGGUCCCCAACGAGGCUCUGAUGAGCUUGUGUUCGAUCAGCCUGCUUAUCAAGCCUAUUCAGCUCUGCGGCAGGCGUCGGCAGAGAGUGGGCGGGUGAUGUCAAACGCCCCCGCCUCAACUUCCCCGGAGAGAUCAGGUUCCGUGGUGCCCUCAAGUCAGAACGAACGUGAUGAGACGUUCAUUGGACUUAUCAGGGAAAAAAGCGUUGCCUACCGCAAAAGGGCACCCCGGAAAACGCCCUCCCCUCCACCACUACCGGCUUCUCUCAGGCAUGGCAAACCAGCUGGUCCUAUCGAGGUGUUGCGCUCAAAGGUAUUAUCGCCAUUGGCUAAGCAAUCAGAAAGUUCUUGGAACAUGACCACUAGAAAGAAUCUGGAAAGCUUCUCGUGUGAUUUCGGUUAUAUUAAGGAAGCAGUAAAGACUUGGGAGAUUUCGAGCAAGCCUCGCAGAGAGAAAGUGGACAAAGAGCGAAUCCAACGCCAGGAGCAGUCAGAAAAGCGCAUCGAUGCGCUCUUCAACGGAAAGGAAAUUGGCUAUGCCGAUAUCAACGUGCUGGAGGAGGAGUUCCGUCAGAAGGAGGCUCGCGCCCAGCUAGAGGAAGAAAGACAGGAGCUGGACGAGUUUGUUGCCAAUGUUUUCGAGCCUUUGGAUCGGCGCUUGAAAGAAGAAGUUACAGCUCUUCAGACGCACUAUGAGUCUGCGCUUGCUCAGCUCAAUCAUGAAAACAGCCGGAUCAAAGAUCCGAUCACUGACAAAUACAACUUGUCGCCUACGAUGAAAACAGUGAAUGAGAUACAUCGUAAACUUGAAAGACGCUUCCAGAAACGCCUGGAAAUUGCUUUGGAUCGCGAGCGCCGGCGGAAGAAGGCCGAGAGGCGGCCUCUUGUUUUCAUGGGCGACUCUCUGGCCCUUAAGCGAGUGGAUAAAGAGUUCGAUCAGAUGGAGAAACGAAACAUCCUUGAAGCGGCUAGAGAACGGGAUGAGAGAGCCAAUAGACUGAUGGACUCUUUUGAUGAUGCCAUUAUGCACGGUCUAGGUGAAAACCAGAGCCGUCUUGAUGAAGUUGCUACGAAGGUGACCAGGGUGGAUGUUGCGACCAUUCGCUCGUCUGCGUUGCCGGAGUCCGAAGUUGAACAGCUGCUGAAGUCGGUUUACGAACUGGUUGAGUCUCUGCGUCAAGAUUCCGAAGCUAUAUUACACAAUUUCGGUAUCGCCGAUUCGAUACUUAAUGAUGCGGAUUACAGCGUUUCUGUCGCCGAGGCGCGUUACUCGGAAGCGGAUGCUGACGUUUUUCGUCGGCUUGGUGACGAAAAGCGGAAGGAAGACGAUAAGAUCCAGGCGAGCCUGAAGUCCAAGUUGGAGAGUGUCAAGGCCGGCCCAGCGAAGAUCAUCACUAGCAUAAACGACCUACUGAAGUCUUUGGGCAAGGCUCCUAUCAUUGAACAACAGGCUAACCAGCAGUCCCUUACCGACGCGCUUGCCCCAGCGUCCCAUCUUCCUACGGCCACUCUUGCACAGCGGAAACCCGAGGAAGAUCCAGAGCACCAAGAGCGGCUCCGUAGAGCAUUGGAAAAUGCGAAGAAGAGAAACGCCGCAAGGAAGAAUACUGAAUCAAGCUGCUCUUGAGAACUAGCAGAUGUGGAUCCGUUCUCGUCCCGGCUGGGGGCUUCUUUCUAUCGGAUAGAUUACUCAUGAUGAAACGGAUUCCUCUCUAUCUUACAAUUCUUUUGCACACUUUUGUGAUUGUUACUCCAUCUGUUUACUUUACUUUUUUUUUUUUUACUACCCAUUCAACUUCUGCAAUACUGUUCAAGUUUUUAGAAGACGGAAGCUUCUAUUCCAUAAUCAUUGUGUAAGCUAAAUUCCAGGAGAUAGUAUCACUUUUUGGUAG